UCCACCUCUGCCUCCACGAUCAGUCGACCCCGUGCAACGCGGCUCGCCGGCCGCCGCGCGAAAAUUUAUCCUACGUCCGUUGCGUGUUCUCCGUUUCGUUACUUCUAUCGCGAUUAUUUCCCUGGUGAUCCGUUGAGAUAUCAAUCCUUCCGCGUCAAGUGGCAACCGUGGCAAAUAAAAAAAAAAAAAAAACACGUUCACCCUUUGACACGGAGUUAGCAAAGAAAGAAAGACUUAUACCUCGUGCGAUAAGGGUAGAGAGAAAAAAAAAGGAGGGUGAAGAACGGUGAUUCAGGGCGCGUGCGUGCGCGAGUCGGUGCGUAUAUGUUCCGAUACGUCAGGGUGAAUUAGAAGACGCACAGAGAACGAGACACGGCGUGGUUAGAGAGUGGAGGCUGAACGGAGAGGAUUCCGCGCAAAAGCCGGCUUCACGGCCGGUCCCCCACUCACUAACUUGUUGAGUCUGUCUCGGCAGGUGUGCUUCGCGAGCCCUGCAACUCUAUCCAAGCCGCACGAUGACGGACAAGCUGCCCGCGUUGCUUCUGCUGAUCCUCGUGUGCACAGGCUCGGCGAGAGCCAACGUGACCGCGCAAAGGAGCAACGUGCAUAACGACCCCCUGGUGGUGGAGACCACCAGCGGCCUGGUCCGUGGAUUCGCGCGAACCGUGUUGGACAAGGAGGUGCACAUAUUCUACGGGAUCCCGUUCGCCAAACCCCCUAUCGGGCCGUUGAGAUUCAGGAAGCCCCUGCCUAUAGAACCCUGGCACGGUGUGCUGAACGCCAGCGCGUUGCCCAACAGUUGCUACCAGGAGAGGUACGAGUAUUUUCCCGGCUUUCCGGGGGAAGAGAUGUGGAAUCCGAAUACGAACAUCUCGGAGGACUGUUUGUACCUGAACAUCUGGGUGCCUGAGAAGAAUCAUCGUCUUAGGCAUAAGGGGUCGGAAUCAUCCAACAAUGGAGAAAAAAAUGGGCUACCGAUGCUGGUGUGGAUCUAUGGCGGAGGAUUCAUGAGCGGCACUGCCACCCUGGAUGUCUACGACGCAGACAUCAUGGCAGCAGUCAGCAACGUUAUCAUCGCCUCCAUGCAGUACAGGGUGGGCGCGUUCGGUUUCCUGUACCUGAACAAACACUUCACCAACAGCGAGGAAGCCCCAGGUAACAUGGGUCUGUGGGACCAAGCCCUGGCACUCAGGUGGUUGCGCGAUAACGCAGCUGCCUUCGGGGGCGAUCCUGAUCUGAUUACCAUCUUCGGAGAGUCCGCUGGUGGUAGCUCCGUGUCUCUUCACCUGAUCUCCCCGGUGACGCGAGGCCUAGUCCGUCGGGGGAUCCUUCAGAGCGGUACCCUGAACGCACCUUGGAGCUACAUGACAGGGGAGAAGGCUAACGAAGUAGCCAGGGUGUUGGUCGACGACUGCGGCUGUAACUCCACUAUGCUUCAAGAAAAUCCGGCUAGAGUGAUGGCUUGCAUGAGGUCCGUCGACGCCAAGACCAUCUCCGUGCAACAGUGGAACAGCUACUGGGGCAUCCUGGGCUUCCCAUCGGCGCCCACCAUAGAUGGCAUCUUCCUACCCAAACAUCCACUCGAUCUCCUGCGAGAGGCUGACUUUAAGGACACUGAGAUCUUGAUAGGAAACAACAAGAACGAGGGAACUUACUUCAUCCUCUACGACUUCAUCGACUUCUUCGAGAAGGACCAAGCGAGCUUCCUGGAACGCGACAAGUUUCUCAACAUCAUCAACACCAUCUUCAAGAACAUGUCUCAGAUCGAGCGGGACGCCAUUACAUUUCAGUACACUGACUGGGAGGAAGUGAACAAUGGCUACACGUACCAGAAGAUGGUCGCGGACGUUGUCGGCGAUUAUUUCUUUAUCUGCCCAUCGAUACACUUCGCCCAACUGUUCGCCGAUCGUGGCAUGAAGGUCUACUACUACUUCUUCACUCAAAGAACGAGCACAAACCUAUGGGGCGAAUGGAUGGGAGUGAUGCACGGUGACGAGGUGGAGUACGUGUUUGGGCAUCCGAUGAACACGUCCCUGAUGUACAGCGACAAGGAACGGAAUCUAUCCUACAGGAUGAUACAGUACUUCUCUAAGUUUGCCUACUCGGGGAAACCGACGAACGAGGAGUCCGAGUGGCCACCAUACUCGAGGGAUCAGCCCCAGUAUUUUAUCUUCGACGCGGAGAGGACUGGCCUCGGCAAAGGUCCGCGCACCACGUCCUGCGCCUUCUGGAAUGAGUUUCUGCCAAGGUUGCAGGGGGUACCAGAUCCGAUACAGGAGGCAUGCAACAGCGCGAUAGCCUCGAGUGUAUCAGCCGGGGCUGAGAAUCUGCGCAACACCCUGGCUAUCAUGGUGCUAUCGUCGAUCCUGGCGUUCUCGAGAGUCAUCUAAAACCGUAAGAGGGACAACCGGUAUCGAUCGAGCCUUCCCUGAAAGGCCGCCAGGUCCGGGGUACGAACAGUGCGUUUCAGGUUCAGAAUCUCGUUAGCGGUUAACAGGCUGCUUAUCGGCCGGGUAGAUCAAUGGAUCACGGCACCCGUCAGCGUCAAACCAUGCCUACUUUUCUCCCUUCCAAACGAUAAAAGAAACAGAAACCCUCCCACGAACGAGGAACGGCUGAUUCCGGUUGAUUCCAGAUUUACGAGCGAGUUUCUACAGGGACUUAACGUGGGAUUAGACAGGGGCUUCGUAGUAAAGCAGUAGCCAUUCCUUGGUCCUCCUCAGCGGCAUGAUCUCUGCUCGUCUUUCCUCGACCAAACAGAUUUCAUUCCAACCCCCCCUGGAUCAUGGGAUUUAAACUGAUAGGAUUCAGAGAUUGAUGAGCGAGCAGGCUGUCGUUAGAAAAACCAGGACACCUUAACGAGCGUGUCCCAGCUCAUCGGCACUUCUACUCCGAAGGCUGCACCUAUCAAGUUUUAGCGGGGAAAACCGACGAGACAUUGUGAACCUAGGAAAUUGGCUACACCUUUGGAAACGUGGAUAAUGAAGUGAGGAGGUGACGGAAGGUAACAUCGAAGAGGGAUUUUCUUGUAUCGAUUGUCCAGGAAAACACGGACGACCAAGAGAUUUGAAUAAAAAUAGAUGGGACUCGGUCUGCGGGCAAGCUCGUCGGUCUGAUUCAAAUGAUAAUACCUCCGUGAUCCGAUUUGCAUAAAUAAUACAGAGAGCAGAGCUGACCGAUCGAUAGGACUACGGGUAAAAACGUGUUUCCGUUGGGACGGUUGGUCGCAGUAAACAGUUGGUUGGCCGCGAUUAACCACCUGUUCGUGCAAUCGAUGGACUCGUGACAAAAGUUUCAUCAGUAAAACGAGCAACAAGUGCGUCGUUUUGCAUAAGAACGAGAGAGGGGUGAGGCCGGGGGGGGGGAAGGGUGAAAGGUCGCGAACGAUCGCUUGGAUCCCGUCCAAAACCUUGGCUACGUGGUUUCUCGAUUCUUUCCGAUGGUUCGAACGCUUUAAAUCGAUCCCAUGCUUUAUGCCCGAUCCUGGAAUCAACCAAGGGCUUUGUGGAAGGUCGGAUUGUUGCCUCUGGAAAAGCCUCGGAGGGGGGAUGGGGGGAAAAAGUUGCGGAACGAUUUGGCGCGAGUUACAAAGUGAAAUUGGCUUGAGAAGAUUGUAAGUCGACCUGAAACGUUCGAGAUAUAGGUGAAACGAUUUACAAGUAUCGACCGGACGGGCAUGAAACUUUGGAAGACCAACGGUCGAGAAUAUUCAUUGCAGCUCCUGCAGGAGACCAAGUUCGAUGAAAUAUUCCCGAAGAUUCAGUGAGACCACUCGUUUUUCGAGCAUCCCAACCGUCGAGAACUCUUCCCCUGGAGAUCCUUCACUCGGACCGAACAUGGAAAAGCACCUUACUUGGAAAAAUCAAUGGAGGAACUGCGAUAGUUACACUUCCUAUGGGAAAAAUUCCGCGAAUCUAAUUGAAAAUUGUGAAAAGUAGGCGCAAGACUAAUUCUUAUUGAACACCAAAUUUCAUGUUAAAUCUGACAGUCAGAAAAUACAGGAAAGUACGAUUAGAAAGCCGCUUGAAGGUUCUACAUAGGAGGAAUGGCUCUCGAAAAUUCAACGGGUUAAGUGCAGACUGGUGUCCUCCAAAUAACUCGACAACACCUUCGAACCAGGAAUACCAUUUGCUCGUCCUAACGAAUAACGGUGGAAAGAACUGGCGACACAGGGGUUGAGGGAGAGCUGUCGGAAUCAUUAUAAAUAAUCUCUAGUUCAUCGAAAGUCAGUCUGUCGGGUACUGUUCACGUCGCUCAGAACUCGAAGGACAUGGUUCCUUGAAAGGUUGCCUUCAGUUUCCAGAUGUGGAAGAAUUUAAUGAACUUUUCUGUCGCAGAGUAAGAGAUUGUUCAAACCAUUCUGUCGCAGUAUGAAAAUGUUUAUUUUUGCAAAAUUAUUCUAAUUAUAAGAUAGCCUACGAAUAAAAAGACCACGAUUCUUAUUUCUCCACGGUUAAGCAUGGGAUAGGGACCACCAUACGAAGACAAUGAAGGUAGCCAACUGAGGCAGACUUAGGACUCUCAAACCCCCAAAAAGUAUCAUGGAAGUAGGGUUUCCUCCAGUAUAGGAGGAGUCAACGAACCCAAAGAUCCUGGAACUCUCAAGUCCCUCAACCAAAUACCAUGGAAUUAGGGAGGGCAAUGGACCCAGUCCUUGUUUCUAGGACAUCCUUCUUCGUGUCUCUCCGUUAGGAACUUGUAGACGCUUAUUUUACCAAGAAACUCUACAAGGUGUCGCGAGAAAUGUCGAACGACAAUAAAUGUUUGCCGGAUGGAGGAGAACAGCCACGGCCUAACGUAGUCUUCUACGAUCGCACAAUCAUUUUCCAUUAAUGUAAACGUUGCUUGGCAUUCCGAUGAUCCGGAACCUCCCACGAGACAACAAAUCUACUUUGCAUUCCAGACGAAUCAAACGGAAGGAGGAGGACUACGAGAUCGCUCGCUGGUCCCUGGAUGAAACUCGUUCGAAAUCAUGGAACACCGUUCAAAGCUCUCUUGAAUUAUAUUUCGACCCUUAGAACGAUCCUGUAAGGAGAUAAAAAGAGAACCCAAAAGGGAUUAAUAGACGCCACGAGCUCAAGAGGACCACGAUCGCUAAAGGGGACACCACCUUUGAUCUGGACUUUCAAGAUGGGCACAGCUAACAUGACAAUACCGUCGGUGAAGUAAACGUUUAAACAAGUAGAUAAAUUAAAUCGCUAGGAGAUACUAAAACAAACACACAUACAAGGUUUAAUAAAGUAGAGGAAAAGGAAGGAAAAUGGUGAGUUUAACAAUGGAGGACGGAACUUGGAUAAUCCGUUGGGAGGAAGGAGUCCAGGUCAAAUUUUCGAGAAAAUCUCGAGAAUCGAGGGACAAGCGUCAAGGGUGCAGAAUUUAAUAAAAAAAAAAACAAAAAAAAAGAAAACUAAGUGAAAAUAUGGUUCUUUUCUCGAGUCGAUUCGGGUUACUCUACUUCUCUUUCUUCGAGUAGACUUUCUUAUCGAUCUCCGAGUUAACACACUGCCAACAGUUUCUUAUCUUCUUCACUUCUAUUUUAUAUUUUUCAAAGUUACCAUUUCUCUGUGUUUAAAGAACCCCGAAGGGUUGGCAGUGUGUCCAGAGAUAAACACGUUAACUUUCAAUAUAACAAGAAAUUUCGUUCCAUUUUUACCGCUUUCGGUCUGUUUUCCGAGGAAUAAAACGGGGAGGUGUAAAAAAAAAAAAAAAGGUCCGCGCACCCCUGAGGCACGACAAGGGUUAACCGAGGAAAUUGGGGGGAAGAUAAAACGAUUUCUCAGCUUCGUUACACAGCUGUCAGAGAGAUCACAAAUAUAUAAAUAUAUAUAUAUAUAUAUAUAAAUAUAAUUAACAGUAAAGAAAAAAAAUAAACAAAAAAUGGCACCUCGUGAAUUAAUCGUAAACACGUUAACAAGAAAACAAAAAAUAGGAACUUAAGAGAUGUAUUGUUUAAGCGAUGUACAUAUACGUAUACAUAUACAUAUGAAUCUAUAAAUACUAAAUACGAAUACACACACCUACACACAUGCAGCUGUACAGCUGAGAUUACGCGUGCCGUCGAGCAAGUUGACGUAGAGACGUACCUAAGGUAAUUAAGGCACCCGUGUAAUUUGCUCCGCAACGUAGCUCCACAGACGCAGACACACAGUGACACUUAGCCGGAAUAUUGAUUAAGAUAGAUCGUUAAGGGCCGUCUGAUCAUUCCGAUGAAAGAUCAACCACCGAAGAGCGAUUGUUUCGCCCGAGAACACCUGAGGGAACAAACUGUUCGAGGCUGGAGGACAUUUUAUCAGGGAUAUGACUUCCGUGGGAUUUCCGGUUGCUGAGAAAAGUAUCCUUGGGAAUUGGCAGACGUAAAACCAUCGGUUAGACUUUUAUAGCAAGGCAUAAGAAGGGACUGAGUAUGGUAAACCGAAAGAAAGUGGGCGACCGAAGAUGGUCGCUGGGAUGUCCCAAGGUCUACAUGAGCCUAACUCAGAGUUUCUGAGGAUUUUCUCGAAUAAAACGAAUAAUUUUCAAAUUUGGAAGCUUUAGAAACUUUUAGAGUGGAAUUUAGGAAGAAAGGACCCAGGGUUCGGUUAGGUUAAGUUGAGCUGGAUCUCAAUUGGGCCUAACAUACAGGUAGCCUAUCGGUUAAUCCAAGUCCUAAUCUUAAUCCCAGAAGAUUCUGAUGGUCCUAAAUGCAGGAAAAUAACUAAUUUUGGUUCUAAUUUAAUAUUUUUGCGAGAACAAUGUGGAAAUUUAUUCGUAGACCUAAUUGAGCCUAAUAUAAACGCAGCAUACUAGGUCCUAACUUACAUCCAACUCGAAAUAACUCCUUGGGACCUACAUUUCAAAGAGAAUGUACAAUUUCCGAAUUAGAAAUACUUUGAAAGCUUCUGAACAAGUUCCCAAGACUUCGCCUACGUAAAACCAAACAUACCGAACGAGCUUAAACGAAGGAACUGGAACAGUUUGCCCCGGUCUCGCGGCAAAUGCGUCGCUGAAACACGAAUCUUCCAUUUGGUACAUAUCACCUAUAUAAAUACGUCAUAUAGAGAGAGUUGAUUGUAUCGUUAGUGAUCUUUUCUCGUAGCCAGAGCAUCGAGUCUUUAAUCAUCGUGCGUGACAGCGUGAACAGAGAGAAAGGAUUCGGUAUUUUGAUUACAGCAAGAGGAACGAAUAUUUUCUACCUAGUUAUCAUUGGCUCUGAACUGUCGCGAGUUGACCCUCGAGCAGCGGAGACGUUAACCGAAAGAUAAACAUAUCAUUUAUGAUCGAAAGAAUCUCAUAUAUUGGAAGAAUACUAAAAAGAGGCAAGAAACCUUCAUUUAGAUUGGGGCUCUCUCCAUGGUCCGCCGUCCGAGGGUUAUGAGACUUCGUCGCCGACCGGUCGUUUCACGUCUAACGCCACCCAGUUUGUUGUCAUUCCUUUACGUGACACUAAAGGCGGUCCGCAAAGAACGAUUAGCAACGUUGCCGUGACGUCCAGUCGACGUACGUUCGCCAGACGAGUAAACGCAGGGCCGUAUAUAUACGCUUUUCCAGCGUCCAACGCACUCAUCUCAUUAAAGAUUAAGCACGUCCUCACAUAUCAUUAGUUAAUUACCCGAGUAUCGUCGUGAAAACUUAAUGUUAGGAUUAGUGCCUCGACGUGAAACACGCUCGGACCAUUAUCGUCGAAACGGACUAUCCACGAACGAUUACAUGUUCCCUCGAACAAAUUUGAAAUCUUCAUCUACCACGACGCUAAUUUUCCUUUAAUUCACUUCGAAUUAAUCAUCGACUUGGUAAAGAAAAAAAUGUCAAUGAAACUUGUUACAGGGUGGAGAACUCGGUUAAGUCCGUGGUAGUCUGUAAAGCGAAAUGGGUCAAUAUUUGUCUCUAGAUAGUUUGUUCCUGCGUGUGCGGUUUAUAGUGUACAAUUCAUCAGGAUCGAUGCCGUUCAGGAUGUCGCCGAUAACCCGACGCGACGUCCCUGAAAAAUCACCGAUUCCAAGAACAAUUGUUUCUUUUUAAAUUCCUUUUCGUUCGAGCCUAGCCACUAAAACGAAUACGGUUCUAAAAACCUCUUCGGGAAUCGUGAACCCUUUAAAGGUAAUUUAACAGAGAGACUAUAUAUAUAUAUAUACACAUAUAUAUUUUUCGCUAAUGAAAUUAUCGCUUCUCAAUCUCGACAGGCCUAAUUGUCAUUACGACGGAAAAAGAGUACGCUUAAGCAGUUACGAUGAUUCGAGGGCAGGUCAAUCGUUGCUAGGUGUUUAUAUAAAACAAUUGCGAACGGUUUUGACGAAAGGAAAAUUGAUUGAAAAAAAAAAAACGAACAAACAAAAAGAAAUGGAGCGCGGUCAUUUGGCUAAUUAAACGACUCGAUCGCGCGUAAACGCGACGCGAGCCAGUUUUCGUUUCGCUGACGUUUGCGGUUAUUUCGUUCACCGUCGAUGCGUCGCCGGGUGUCCUGUAUGUACCGAUAUCGACCCGGGGACAAAACCAAUCCCGGCAAAUUUAUUCCACGCCUAGUAAUGAACAGUUUAUCAAUUUUCAACGAUCCUUGUCCUCGCUGUACCACCCUUCGUUCAACCUGUCCCCUUUAACUCGCCACGCAAACACAUCCCUGCCUUUCCGUUUUACCGUCUUCUAAACAAAAAUAAGAGACACGCCUGGCUGGGAGAGAAAAAAAUGGAGGAACAGGUGGCGGGGACAGACCGAAACAGUCGACGGCACUUCUUUCGAUAAAACGAAAGGAAAAAGACGCGGAGGAGAAAACAACGAGCCGGACGCGUGAAAAAAGAGCGACAGAGCGAUGAAGAAAGGAGACGGGAGUACUUAGUUGAAAAGGGGUCGGGCCGAGCGUAGAGCUACGCUACUGAGAAGCAGUGGAUCUGCUUUUAAACGGGGAAGGAAGAGGAGAGAACAGUUUCCUUAUGAAACAGGCGAGAGAAAGGGGGGAAACGUAGAUGCAUAAAAUGUUCAGUUCAGAUGUAAGGAGGAAGAGGAAAGAAAAAAAAAAGAGAGUAAAAGCGAAGAAGACGAAGGCUGCCGGUACUUUCCAUAUACCCAGGCGCCAGAACCCACCGUGUUCCUCUAUCGAUCAGCGUCAGCUGGAGGAAAUCGCUCGCUUUACCGUUUCCAGUAAUGGUGUCGCGUGUUUUAUUACACUUUCCCAAAGAGAAUCCUUCGGUUUAAGCCCUACGAGCGUUUAUUGAAACAUAAAUAUCGGCGACGCGGAUCGUCCGCGGGAGACACUUUCGCUGUGGGGAUGUCUUUUAUGAAAGGUCCGCGAGAAUCAGAAUGAACCAGUCACAGUGACGUUGAUUCCCGGUGAGGUACCUCCGUUGAUCGAAGCGCGUGAAGCGGUUCGUUGUGAAAUUUCGCGGGGUUAAGGUAAAAGUAGGGACUGACGUAGCCCUAGCGGCUACGAGGGACUUCUGAAUUAUUCCGCGCCGAGGACAGGGACUUUUCCAUCCCUUUUUUCCCCCUCCUUUUUCUCCUUCCUUUCCCGGUGCUGAAUUGCGUUUUAACCCGAGAGGGGGGAAAAAAGCACCGCGAAGCCGCGAGGCUCGGUACACAUUGGGGCGAAGAUGGAAACGGUGAAAGGAACAGAUGAAUAAGCGGCGCAUACAAGCACGCCUGGCUUACCCCGGAGCGCACUUCAAAGCCACCCCUUUGAUCGUUCCUACGGGGCAAAACUCGGCCUAAGUGGGCCAACACUCGAAUUCCGGGGUAACAAACAACUGCUGCUUUAUUUCCCACGGAAAAUUGCACGCCCCAUGGAAAGUCGCACCAUUCGCACCCUUGGAUUCUCUGAUCCUUUAAUCAGCCUCCUGAAGGAGGACGCUUUGUCUGAAGCUGUUCCUUAAGUUCGCUUUCAACCUAACAUUACACAACCCAACCUAACCUGAUUCGCUUCGAGCUGACCAAUGAACCUAACCUCAAUUUAAUUAACCUACUCCGAUUUAACCAAAGAAACUGUUUAUUUUUCGUUUCGAGCUAAUCAAUGAACCUAACCUCAAUUUAAUUAAAACUGUUUAUUUUUCUUUAUGUACGCGAAAUAUUGUAAAUUAAACGAAAAUUGAUAUUUUUUAUGGUAAAAAAGAUUCAUCUGGUAUUGGAAUUGGUAUAUAUUUACAAUUAACAUUAUGCAACCCAACCUAACCUGAUUCGCUUCGAGCUGACCAAUGAACCUAACCUCAAUUUAAUUAACCUACUCCAAUUUAACCAAAGAAACUGUUUAUUUUUCGUUUCGAGCUAACCAAUGAACCUAACCUCAAUUUAAUUAAAACUGUUUAUUUUUCUUUAUGUACACGAAAUAUUGUAAAUUAAACGAAAAUUGAUAUUUUUUAUGGUAAAAAAGAUUCAUCUGGUAUUGGAAUUGGUAUAUAUUUAUGAAAAUCAAUUUUCCUUCUGUCUCAAACGGCAAUUUAAGGCGCGCGCGAUACGAACGACACAAAACCGGCCAAAAAAGAUAGUAAAAGAGAAAAACGCGAAAUGAAAAGAUAGGGGAGGAACGAAAACGUGUUGCAGCGAAUGGUUGCAGGAUCGAUCAAACUGAUGAACGAGGCCCUAAAAGUGACGAGAACCUUAUCAACGACAGCACCGUCGCAAAACACAGCGAAUUUUCCUCGGAAAUGCUAGAAAAUAAAGUAGCCAAACACCAUUCGAUCGCUCAUUCACCUCGUUCAUCCCGCAUUCCCUUUAUUCCCCAUCGAAAGCACUUCUGAAGCUAAAAGUAUACAAUUUUCAAUAUCGCAGCUUCGCGGGAAGAGCGACCCAAUUCAAAAGCAAUAAAUUUUUUUGAAGUGUAUCGCUUUUCUAGCAAACGAACGAUAUAUUUUUUCCAAGCAAGCGAGAUAAACGAAUGCUGCUCAAACGCAAAAAACUUCUAUAUGAAAAAAAAAAAAAAA